GAUAGUGUAGCGACGCAAACGAAUAAAGUAUUAUACAGUCCAUUAACAUCAAAAUACAAUUCAAUUCAAUAUCAAAAAGAGGAACACGUGCACCGGAUUUUCUGUUAGAGCACUAACAAUAUAUGUGCCAUUGAGUGAUCUGCCUAUUUUGAUGUGGAAAGUAGUAAAGUUGCUUGCGGCUUCAAGAGAGAAUCCACACCAUAUAUAUAUACAUAUAUUCUGAUAUUAAAAAUACAUAUACGAAAUGGCAGAAAUAAAUACUUUAGGAUGGAUCGAUUAUUUAGUUAUAGCGGUGAUGCUGUGCGUUAGUACAGGAAUUGGUAUUUAUUACAGAUUUAGUGGAGGACGUCAAAAAACUAUUCAGGAAUACUUUGUUGCAAAUCGAUCAAUGAGCAGCGUACCAGUUGCUAUCGCCAUGGUAGCCUCCUUUAUAACUGCAAUUACGCUACUCGCUGUAUCCGCUGAGAAUUACACGUACGGGACGCAAUAUGUUGUAAUAAAUCUAUCAUAUCUGUUAGGCACUUCGAUUAUAUGUUAUGGAUUUCUACCAGUGUUCUACAAUCUGCAGGCGACGAGCAUCUACGCGUAUUUAGAAAAACGUUUCGGAAUAAGAGCUAGGAUGAUGAUUAGUUUUAUUUACUGGAUUCAGCUGCUAUUUUAUUCAGGAGUAGUACUUUGUGCUCCUUCUCUAGCUUUGGAGACAACUACAGGAAUCUCCAAGAUUGCCAGUAUCAUUUUCAUUGGCUUUGUGUGUGCCUCUUAUUCUAGUGUAGGAGGCAUUAAAGCUGUAUUAACAACCGACGUAUUUCAAAUUUUACUUAUGUUCGCCGCCCUGUUUUUAAUUAUUGGCACAGCAGCGAAUGAUGUCGGGGGAUUGGGACAGAUAUGGGAAAUCGCAAGGCAAGGGCAACGGCUCGAGUUUUAUAACAUUGAUUUAGAUCCAACAGUAAAACAUACAUUGUGGUCUGUUAUACUGGGUGGUUUCUGUAAAUUUCUAGUACUUUUUGGAGUGAACCAAGUACAAGUACAACGUAUGCUGGCUGUGAAAAAUAUGCAGUCUUCACAAAGAGCUAUAUGGCUGUCUUUGCCCAUUUUGAUACUAAUUAUGACUACAAGUUGCUUCUCAGGAUUGGCGAUAUACAGCAGAUAUCACAAUUGCGAUCCAUUUCUUAAAAAAAGAAUUACUUCGUCUGAUAUGCUUAUGCCACUGUACGUUAUGGACACGAUGUCCAAUAUACCUGGUUUACCAGGCCUCUUUGUGGCAGGUGUUUUUAGCGCAAGUCUUAGCACGAUUUCUUCGAUUUUAAAUUCUCUGGCGGCCGUAAUGUUGGAGGAUUUUAUAAAACCUUUCUAUAGAAAGUGCAUCGGGCAUGAAUUUUCCUCUGCAAAAUCGACUUCUAUCGCUAAAGUGCUCGUGUUUACGUUCGGCAUUUUUUCCAUUGUGCUGGCAUUUUUAGCUCAAUUUUUGGGAGGAUUGUUUCAAGCCUAUCACACUAUUUUUGGAAUAACCAGUGGACCGUUGUUAGGUAUUUUUACGCUUGGCAUGGGAACGGAAUCGGCGACAGAAGGCGGUGCAAUAACGGGUGUUCUCGUAGCGUUUUCAUUUUUAAUCUGGAUCGCUUUCGGUCAACCUCGCUCGAUGUCACCUAAAUUGCCAACUACUAUCGGUGGCUGUGUUAAUAAUGUUACAAAUAUAACGAUGCCUAUUUUGCGGAAUGUCACGAGCUUUUCUAAAAGUACUGGCGACAGCUCAUACUUCUAUUUAUAUCGCAUUUCGAAUCUGUGGUAUUUUCCCCUCGGAUUCUUAAUAACGUUCUUACUUGGACUGCUUGUCAGCAAUUUAUCUCGUUUUUUUAUUAAGAAUCAAAACAACAAGAAAGAACAAUUAGAUAUUAAUUUAUUCUUUCCCGCAAUAGCGCGGCGUAUACGUUCUAGACGACAUAACUCAGCGGUUGAAAAAAGUUCUCCGUUAGACAGAAGGUAUUCUGUCAACGAUGUAAUCCACGGGAAAGAUAAUGCUGCAAAUAAAAUCUAUACAAAACGCUGACUGUUUAAUAAUCUUAAGAUAGGGGUUAGAUAUUUCGUAUACUAAUACAGUCGAAAGAAAUUUUAUUAUAUAAUUGGAUCAAAAUUGAACAGAAGAGAGAAAGCAUGGAAUAAAGGUAUUAUUUAUCUAUAGACCUAUAGUAUAUAUGUACGUGUACGGUACUAAUGAGUCGCGAUACACACGUGACUGGCGAAGACUGGCUCUUGGGAUUGAGAGCGGUAGCAGAAGUAUACCUAUAUACAUACAAUUGUAAGGCUAGCUGCGAGCCAGAUACAUUUGUAACUUCUGUAAGCAAGUACGAAUAAGCUGAAAGACAUUACAUCUGAUAAUAAGGGUUAAGUAAGAGAUGGAUACUGAGACGGGUUUGUUGGUAUCCGAUCCGAAAUCGAGGAAUUGUAAACGUACUUAUAUAUUACAUAAUGUCCCUAUAAAUUUACCAAUAAAUUUAAAAUUACCGUGUUAAUUAUACAUUAAAUUACACUCUAUUACCGCGUUGAUUCAUUUCCCAUCCAUGGUGUUGAUGUAGUUCUCCCUUUUCUCCAAUUCGAAUGCAUAGCCAUCCUUUUCUUCUGUCUUUUCAUCGAGUUUCUGAAUUCCUUAUUCUCCGUUGCCGUUAGUCGUCUCAGUUUGUUUCGCAAACUCUUACAAAAUAAUCAUUUUUCACAUUUAUUUUAAAUCUUCUCUUUUACUGGGCACUUCUCAUCCGCACAUUUAUUCUUCAUAUUUGUUCUUUGUAUCCAUCAGAAAUAUUCGACCUCAGCAUUUUUUAUGUCCUUUUCUUUAUCUGUUUUUUCUUCUC